UUGCAGCUUUGGGCUUACAAGGUUCUUGGGAUGUUCCCACCCGAGAAUACUUGUACGGACCCGAACUUACUUCCACGCGGCUUAGCCUGGGGUAAGGCGUACCGGAGAGCGAAGGAGCGAUGAGGGGAGGUGAUGACUUUCCGGCGCUGGCUGGAUAACCUGACAGGGGUUGUGGUUCGCUGGGACAGGUGGGCGGGGAUGGAGGCUGACUUCCUUCCGAGGAGUCGGGAGGUGACACGGAGCAGGGUCCUACUGGAGUGCCCUCUGGGCUGGCAGUGGUACCUGGGGGAUCGAGUGACUCGACAGUCACUUGGUCUUCCAGCGUUCGUGGUUCCUGGGCUGCUUCCUCCACGCGUGCAGAGGACUGAGUCCUACACUCGCGCUGAGCUUGAGCUGUUCACCGUGCUGGACACGGAUCUGGAGAGGCAACUUCGACGCUCCUUGGACUACACAGCUUAUGCAGAUCGGAGUUCGAGAGACGGGUAG